AUGUUCGAUGCCUAUUCGAUCGGAGAGGUUGGAAGAAGCCUAAAGGUUGAGCUAUGCUCGAUCCGCAGCCAAAAGACAUCGCAAGAUGUUCUGGCCAGUUGCAAGGAAGGACAUUUGCUGAUAUUUGGCAGGACCGCUUCACGGUUCCGGUUCGACUUCAAGCAUAUGCGUCGGAAUUUCGAGCGGAAACCGGUGGUUGAAAUGGCCAUCGUCGAAACAAUGCAGCUUCUAUUUUGUAUGAGUGAUCAACAGUUAUCCGUGCACCAAUUCGACACAGACACGAUGUACCCGCUGAUCGCGCAAUUAAAGCUGAAGCCCAUCCAUACGUUUGCAGUUCAUCAAAAUACGGACGAUGCUAGCGUGAAAGUAGCUGUUGCUGUCAAACGACGAAUACAUGUCUUCAAGUUCUUCCAAAACGAUUUUGUCGAAGUUUUGCUUGAUGGGUCGCCAUUCCUCGAGUUGAAGGACAACCCCGCCAAUCUUACUUGGUGUGGCCUGUCGCUAGCCUACUCUCUCCGGAACGAGUACCACGAUUGUAAAUGCACCACUCGGGCGGUGAUGAGCUUUCUCGACACGCCAAUUAUUACGUAUUUAGAAGAUCGAGCGAUGAUUGGUUUUGCAGCUGGUAAAAACUUUGUAACGGUCCCGGUCGAUGCGGAAGCGAAAACCCGAAAGGAUGUGCGCUUUUCGGAGGCGUUGCUCAACCUAGUGUGGGACCCGCCAUUUGUCGUGGGUUUACUGCCGAAAGGGCUGGUCGAAAUUCGGACCUACGACUCGCCACAGCUCAUCCAAUCAUUUACCCUCAAGCAGGCACACUUGUUGACAAAUGCCGUGCCUGGUUGUGUCGUCGUUGGUAGCCUCUGUGAUAUUUGGAUGCUGGAUUGCCACGAAAAUCUGCGUAACAAUGUCAGCAGCCUGAUCAAAGAUGCGCGGUACCCAUUGGCGAUACAAUUGGCCGACCAAUUCGCCAUCUUUACCGACGACCAGAAAAAGGAGAUCAAGCGCCAAUAUGCUACUUAUUUGUUCUCGACGGCCGAAUACGAUGGGUGCUAUGCGGUGUUUUCUGAUAUUGGGAGCGACAUUGGUCCCGCGAUCCAGCUGAUCCCCGAGUUGCUCCCGCCGAAAGUUCAACAACUCUCCCCAACCCCACAAAAGGAACUCCCCGAAAAUGAGAAGAAACGGGCGAUCCAAGCACUUUCCGUUUAUCUGGCAAAGGUACGCACGGAUUUGGCGCGCAGCUUGGAGCAACACCAACAAGCGAAACAUAUGAACGUUCCGGAGGGAAGACUUUCAAAAGAAGAGCACGAAGCUGCCAAAGCCAACUUGCAAAUUGUCGAUACCACGCUCUUGAAAUGCUAUAUCCGAACAAAGCCGAUGAUGGUCGAUUCACUGUUGCGACUCCGAGACAACGCUUGCUGGUUUCCGGAUGCGGAGGAUAUCAUUAAGAAAUCCGGACGUAAUUCUUCGCUUUUUGUGUUGUACGAAACGAGAAGGAAACAUGAAAUGGCGCUCGAACUGCUCAAAGGCGAAUCGUUGAGGCCGGAUUGCGAUGCGUAUUUUGCGGGGCCUUACAAGACGGUCGAGUACCUACAAACGCUCGGCAACAACGAGAUUGAUCUGAUCUUCAAGUACUCGAAAUGGGUGCUUGAUGCCGAUGUGGAGGAGGGACUGGCGAUAUUUACAUCACCCGAUUCUGACCUGGCCAGCAACCUCGAUCGAGAGAAGGUCGUGGAUUUUCUGCAAAAAGAUUGCGUGGCUGCGCUGAUCCCAUAUUUAGAGCACAUAAUCUCCGCCUGGGGCGAGCAGCGACCAAAAUUUCACGAAUGCCUCGCCGAGCACUACGUGGCUAAAGUUAAAUCACUACAUAAGGAUUACGUGCACGCGUUUCCUGAUGACGAAACGAUAAUCCGGGCGGGUACUGAGGACGGGGAACUCGGCGAGUAUAGGCGAAAGCUGCUGAAAUUCUUGGAGAACAGUCGCUCUUAUUCGCCACAAACGGUGUUGGUCCAGCUUAGCAAUCAAGCAUUCUACGAGGAACGCGCACUAAUGUUAGGACGACUCGGGCAGCACGAGCAAGCCCUCACGAUCUACACCUCAAUUUUGCACGACUACGAGGCGGCCGAGAAGUACUGUGCACUGCACUAUAACCAGAAAACCGGACCUCAGAUCUAUCUCCAACUCUUCGAGGCUUUUGUAUCGCCAAAGGAUCCGCAGAUUGCCGGGUUGAGCGAGCGCCAAAUCCCUAUCCCGGAACCAAAUGUGAAGCAGGCGAUUCGGAUCCUGAGCCGUCAUGCCGAUAAAAUUGAUACAGUGGCUGCUCUCCGAAUAAUUCCGGAUUCAACGCCGCUUCAACUUCUCUCCAUGGCCAUUAGUGCGGUGAUACAAGCGACGCAUGACGAGGCGACGAAAAGCUCCAUUAGACGUCGUAUGUGCGAAUGCGCACGGGCCGUCACUGAGGAGAAGCUGCGCAAGGUGGCAGGGCUGAAGGUUGACGUCAACAAUAUGACAGAAUGCGCGCUGUGCAAUAAGAAGAUUGGGAAUAGCGCCCUCGUCCGUGACCCUCAAAGCCAAAACCUCAUGCACGUCUUCUGCUACGAAAAUUCAAUCGAAGCCGCAACAAUGCAA